AUGGAAAAGCGUCUCGACCUCGGCCUGCCCUCGCCGGCGACGCAGCAGCAACAGCAGCAGCAUCGCUCGCCGCCGACCGAUGCGCGACCACCGAAGCGGUACACGACGGCCCAGAUGCUGGUGCGGCUGCCCAUCAUCCUCGUCGUGCUCCUCUACUGCGCCUUCAACCUGGUCCGCCUGCCCUACGUCGUUAUCCACGACCUCGUCUCCUCUGCCCCGUCUUCGUCGCGGCCGUACGGCACCUUCCCGCGUCGCGACGAUCCCUUCCACUUCCUACCCUGCACCAACGUCACCCUGCCGCCGGCUCUCGACGAUCCCAACGCCGAAACGUCGUGGGCACGGCUGUACGACCCGGACCCGCGACACUGGAGCUGGGGUCGCAAACCGGCUUCCAACGACUCGGUCGUCGCUGCUUCUCGACGCUCCGACACCGACGACGACGACGACGACGACCCGUACGCCGGUCGAGGCAUCUACCUGUGCGGCUACCUCGAUGUUCCGCUCGACUACUCGAACAGGUCCGACGACCGCAUCGUGCGCCUGGCCGUGACCAAGUUCCAGGUAUCGGGCCUGGCCCCGCGCAUCCGCCAGCACCGCACCAGCAGCGCGGGCAGCGACGGCGGCGAGAGCCGCGCCGGCACCAAGUCGGCGCGCACGCUGGUCAUCAACCCUGGCGGGCCCGGUGGCAGCGGGACGAGCUACGUGUGGCGGGCGGGCGAGCAAAAGAGCCGGCUGUACACCGAGGGGCGGUACGACGUGCUGGGCUGGGAUCCGCGCGGCGUCAAUGCCACGCAGCCCUCGGUGUCGUGCUUCCCCUACGACGCCGACCGCGAUCGGUGGGGGCUGUACACGGGCCAGUUCUACCGCACCACGUCUGGCAACGCGCGGCCGCAGCUCGACAUCAGCGACGCCAUGGGCGAGGCCGUCAUGGCGGCGUGCCACGCGCGGUUGGGCGACCUGCCCCGCUUCGUCUCGACGGGCAUCAAUGCGCGCGACAUCGACGAGAUCCGCCGCGCCCUCGGCGAAGACGAGCUGACGGCCAACAUGGUCUCGUACGGCACCGGGCUGGGGCAGACGUACGUCAACCUGUUUCCGCACCGCGCCGGACGCAUCGUCCUCGACGGGACCGAGUACGUGCGCGACCACCGCCUCCUCGGCGGCUUUGGCUGGACCGCCCUCGACAACGUCACCGACGCCUACCGCGACGGCUUCCUCGGAGAGUGCGUCCACGCCGGUCCGGACCACUGCGACCUGGCCCGCCCGCUCCGGGGCCACGGCGACGAGGAGACGGUGACGCUGCGCGGCCUCGAGGCGCGCAUGUCAAAGCUCUUCGACUCGGUCCUCGCCCGGCCGGUGCCCGGCUACCUCGACGAGAGCGGUCCGUCGCUGCUCGACUACUCGACCCUGAUCGGCAUGCUCUACUCGACGCUCUACAACGCCAAGACGUGGCCCAUGUUUGCCAAGAUGCUCUCGCAGCUCGAGGGCGGCAACGCCACGCUCGCCAUCCAGAUGGCCGACGCCAGCACGUGGGAGUACGACCCCUCGGUGCGCGACCCGCGCGCCGACCCGCCGGCGAGCGACGAGCUGUUUAGCAUGGUCGUCUGCUCCGACUCGUACGACGCCCCCGCCCGCGACCUCGACUACUGGCAGCGCCUCUGGUCCACCAUGGCGCGCAAAGACUUUAUCGCGGGCGACGGCAGGUUCUACGACGUCCUGCCGUGCCGCCACUUUGCCAAGCACUGGCCCCACCCCGUCGACGUCUACCGCGGAGACCUCAACCAUACCCUCCGCUUCCCCACGCUCCUCGUCGCCGAGACCUAUGAUCCCGCCACGCCCCUCCGCAACGGCAGGAGGCUGCUCGCCGAGAUGGGCAGAAACGCGCGCCUCAUCGCGCACCACGGAUACGGGCACUCGUCUCGGGACACGUCCAAGUGCACCGACACGCGGAUCCGCGACUACCUGCUGCACGGCACCGUGCAGGACGAAGCCGAGGUGGCGUGCUACGCCGACGAGAAGCCCUACCUCUACGGCGUGACCCAGACCGAGGGCGGUCUCGAGACGUGGCGCCAACAUGCCGUCGAGAUGAAAAUGUUCCGACACUGA